AUGGUGUCCUCUGGAGUGAGUACUUUUUACUACCGUUUCAAUGCUACCAGCUCAGUAGCCACAACAAAUGGAAAUGCUGCUACAGGGUGCACAGAGCUCAACUUUGACUGCAGGCCUAGUUGUUUAAAGCAGUCAAGUACAGAGUUUGGCAGUCGUAAGCUGGCUCGGGUGUGUAGAGAUGAGGUGUCUACCAUCGGGUCAAUUGCCACAUUUAGGUCCCCUCCUAGUAUCAGAGUACCUUUUCUGUAUUCAUGGACUAGGAUCUGUUUUAUAUCCUCCUCUCAGCAGCACGAUGUGUCAUGGACAUAUAAGAAAAGGGAAUACAAAUACAGACCAGUAGUGCAACACUCCACAACAGCUGCUACUACUCCUGCAGCUACCACAACAGCUGCUACUACUCCUGCAGCAACCACAACAGCUGCUACAACUACUGCAGAAACCACAACAACUGCUACAACUGCUGCAGCAACCACAACAUCUGCUACAACUCUUGCAGAAACCACAACAGCUGCUACAACUGCUGCAGCAACCACAACAUCUGCUACAACUCCUGCACUAACCACAACAUCUGCUACAACUCCUGCAGAAACCACAACAGCUGCUACAACUCCUGAAAUAACAACAUCACCUGCUACAACUUCUGCACCAACCACAACAGCUGCUACAACUCCUGCAGAAACCACAACUAUUGCUACAACUGCUGCAGAAACCACCACAGCUGCUACAACUGCUGCAGCAACCACAACAUCUGCUACAACUCCUGCAGAAACCACAACAGCUGCUACAACUGCUGCAGCAACCACAACAUCUGCUACAACUACUGCAGAAACCACAACAGCUGCUACAACUGCUGCAGCAACCACAACAUCUGCUACAACUCCUGCACUAACCACAACAUCUGCUACAACUCCUACAGCUGCUACAACUCCUGCAAUAACCACAUCAGCUGCUACAACUCCUUCACCAACAUCAACAGCUGCUACAAUUCCUGCAGGAACCACAACUAUUGCUACAACUGCUGCAGAAACCACCACAGCUGCUACAACUGCUGCAGCAACCACAACAUCUGCUACAACUCCUGCAGAAACCACAGCAGCUGCUACAACUGCUGCAGCAACCACAACAUCUGCUACAACUACUGCAGAAACCACAACAGCUGCUACAACUGCUGCAGCAACCACAACAGCAGCUACAACUCCUACAUCUGCUACAACUCCUGCAGAAACCACAACAGCUGCUACAACUGCUGCAGCAACCACAACAGCUGCUACAACUCCUGCACCAACCACAACAUCUGCUACAACACCUGCAGAAACCACAACAGCUGCUACAACUUUUCCAACCACAACAGCUGCUACAACUGCUGCAGCAACCACAACAUCUGCUACAACUUCUGCAGAAACCACAAAUAUUGCUACAACUGCUGCAGAAACCACAACAGCUGCUACAACUGCUGCAGCAACCACAACAUCUGCUACAACUCCUGCAGAAACCACAACAGCUGCUACAACUGCUGCAGCAACCACAACAGCUGCUACAACUCCUGCAAUAACCACAACAGCUGCUACAACUCCUGCACCAACCACAACAUCUGCUACAACUAAUGCAGAAACCACAACAGCUGCUACAACUGCUGCAGCAACCACAACAUCUGCUACAACUCCUGCAGAAACCACAACAGCUGCUACAACUGCUGCAGCAACCACAACAGCUGCUACAACUCCUGAACCAACCACAACAUCUGCUACAACUCCUGCACUAAACACAACAGCUGCUACAACUCCUGCACCAACCACAACAUCUGCUACAACUCCUGCAGAAACCACAACAGCUGCUACAACUGCUGCAGCAACCACAACAUCUGCUACAACUCCUGCAGAAACCACAACUAUUGCUACAACUGCUGCAGAAACCACAACAGCUGCUACAACUGCUGCAGCAACCACAACAUCUGCUACAACUCCUGCAGAAACCACAUCAGCUGCUACAACUGCUGCAGCAAAUACAACAGCUGCUACAACUCCUGCAAUAACCACAACAGCUGAUACAACUCCUGCACCAACCACAACAUCUGCUAUAACUCCUGCAGAAACCACAACAGCUGCUACAACUGCUGCAGCAACCACAACAGCUGCUACAACUGCUGCAGUAACCACAACAGCUGCUACAACUGCUGCAGUAACCACAACAGCUGCUACAACUCCUGCACCAACCACAACAUCUGCUACAACUCCUGCAGAAACCACAACAGCUGCUACAACUGCUGCAGCAACCACAACAUCUGCUACAACUCCUGCAGAAACCACAACUAUUGCUACAACUGCUGCAGAAACCACAACAGCUGCUACAACUGAUGCAGCAACCACAACAGCUGCUACAACUGCUGCACCAACCACAUCUGCUACAACUCCUGCAGAAACCACAACAGCUGCUACAACUCAUGCACCAACCACAACAUCUGCUACAACUCCUGCAGAAACUACAACAGCUGCUACAACUGCUGCAGCAACCACAACAUCUGCUACAACUACUGCAGAAACCACAACAGCUGCUACAACUGCUGCAGUAACCACAACAGCUGCUACAACUCCUGCACCAACCACAACAUCUGCUACAACUCCUGCAGAAACCACAACAGCUGCUACAACUGGUGCAGCAACCACAACAUCUGCUACAACUCCUGCAGAAACCACAACUAUUGCUACAACUCCUGCAGAAACCACAACAGCUGCUACAACUACUGCAGAAACCAAAACAGCUGCUACAACUACUGCAGAAACCAAAACAGCUGCUACAACUCCUGCAGAAACCACAACAGCUGCUACAACUGCUGCAGCAACCACAACAGCUGCUACAACUCCUGCAAUAACCACAACAGCUGCUACAACUCCUGCACCAACCACAACAUCUACUACAACUCCUGCAGAAACCACAACAGCUGCUACAACUGCUGCAGCAACCACAACAUCUGCUACAACUCCUGCAGAAACCACAAUAGCUGCUAUAACUGCUGCAGAAACCACAACAGCUUCUACAACUCCUGCACCAACCACAACAUCUGCUACAACUCCUGCAGAAACCACAACAUCUGCUACAACUCCUGCAGAAACCACAACAGCUGCUACAACUCCUGCAGAAACCACAACAGCUGCUACAACUGCUGCAGCAACCACAACAUCUGCUACAACUCCUCCAGAAACUACAACAGCUGCUACAACUGUUGCAGCAACCACAACAGCUGCCACAACUCCUGCACCAACCACAACAUCUGCUACAACUCCUGCAAUAACCACAACAGCUGCUACAACUCCUACACCAACCACAUCUGCUACAACUCCUGCAGAAACCACAACAGCUGCUACAACUCCUGCAGAAACCACAACAGCUGCUACAACUCCUGCACCAACCACAACAGCUGCUACAACUACUGCAGAAACCACGACAACUGCUACAACUCCUGCAGAAACCACAACUGCUACAACUGCUGCAGCAACCACAACAUCUGCUACAACUCCUACACCAACCACAACAUCUGCUACAACUCCUGCAAUAACGACAACAGCUGCUACAACUCCAUCACCAACCACAACAUCUGCUACAACUCCUGCAGAAACCACAACAGCUGCUACAACUGCUUCAGCAACCACAACAUCUGCUACAACUCCUGCAGAAACCACAACAGCUGCUACAACUCCUGAAGAAACCACAACUGCUAUAACUGCUUCACCAACCACAACAUCUGCUACAACUCCUGCAACAACCACAACAGCUGCUACUACUCCUGCAACAACCACAACAGCUGCUACAACCACUGCAGCAACCACAACAGCUGCUACAACGCCUGUACUAACCACAACAGCUGCUACAACUCCUGCACUAACCACAACAACUGCUACAACUCCUGCACCAACCACAACAUCUGCUACAACUCCUGCAGAAACCACAACAGUUGCUACAACUCCUGCACCAACCACAACAGCUGCUACAACUGCUGCAGAAACUACAACAACUGCUACAACUCCUGCAGAAACCACAACAACUGCUACAACUGCUGCAGCAACCACAACAUCUGCUACAACUCCUGCACCAACCACAACAGCUGCUACAACUCCUGCACCAACCACAUCUGCUACAACUCCUGCACCAACCACAACAGCUGCUACAACUCCUGCACCAACCACAACAUCUGCUACAACUCCUGCAGAAACCACAACAGCUGCUACAACUGCUGCAGCAACCACAACAUCUGCUACAACUCCUUCAGAAACCACAACAGCUGCUACAACUCCUGCAGAAACCACAACUGCUAUAACUCCUGCACCAACCACAACAGCUGCUACAACUCCUACAGAAACCACAACAAGUGCUACAACUGCUGCAGCAACCACAACAUCUGCUACAACUCCUGCAGCUACCACAACAGCUGUUACUACUCCUGCAGCAACCACAACAGCUGCUGCAACUACUGCAGAAACCACAACUACUGCUACAACUGCUGCAGCAACCACAACAGCUUCUACUACUCCUGCACCAACCACAACAGCUGCUACAACUCUUCCAGCAACCACAACUGCUGCUACAACCCCUGCACUAACCACAACAGCUGCUACAACUCCUUCAAUAACCACAACAGCUGCUACAACGCUUGCACCAACCACAACAGCUACCACAACAGCUGCUACAACUCCUGCAGCAACUACAACAGCUGUUACUACUUCUGAACCAACCACAACAGCUGCUACAACUCCUGCUGCGACCACAACUGCUACUACUCCUGCUCCAACUACAACUCCUGCAGCAACCACAACAGCUGCUACUACUCCUGCACCAACCACAACACCUGCUACAACUCCUGCUGCAACCACAACUGCUACUACUCCUGCAGCAACCAUAACAUCUGCUACAACUCCUGCAGCAACUACAACUGCUGCUACUACUCCAGCGCCAACCACAACAGCUGCUACAACUCCUGCUGCGACCACACCUGCUACUACUCCUGCAGCAACCACAACAGAAACCACAACUGCUACUACUUCUGCACCAACCACAACUGCCACAACUCCUGCAGCAACAACCACAGCUGCUACAACUCCUGCAGCAACCACAACUGCUACAAUUGUUGCAGAAACCACAAUAGCUGCUACCACUCCUACAGCAACCACAACAGCUGCUACAACUCCUGCAGUAACCACAACAUCUGCUACAACUCUUGCAGCAACCACAACUGCUGCUACAACUUUAGCAGCAACCACAACAGCUGCUACAACUUCUGCAGCAACCACAACAGCUGCUACAACUCCUGCAGCAACCACAACUGCUGCUACAACUCCUGCAGCAACCACAACUGCUGCUACAACUCCUGCAACCACAACUGCUACUACUCCUGAACCAACCACAACUACUACUACUCCUGCACCAACCACAACAGCUGCUACAACUCCUCUAGCAACCACAACAGCUUCUACAACUCCUGCAGCAACCACAACUGCUACAACUCCUGUAACAACCACAACUGCUUCUACAACUCCUGCAGCAACCACAACAGCUGUUACAACUGCUGCAGUGAUAACAACAGCUGCAACUACUCCUGCAGUAACCACAACAGUUACAACCCCUGUUUCAUCAACCACAACAGCUGCAACAACUCCUGCAGUAACGACAACAGCUGCCACCACCACCGCAGUAACCACAACAGCAGCAACCACUUCUGCAGUAUCCACAACAGCUGCAACUGCUCCUGCAGGAUCCAUAACAGCAGCAACAACUUCAGCAGUAUCCACAACAGCAUCAACUACUGCUGCAUUAUCCACAACAGCUGCAACCACUGCUGCAGUAUCCUCAGCAGCUGCAACUACUGGUGCAUUAUCCACAACAGCUGCAAUCACUGCUACAGUAUCCACAACAUCAGCAACUACUGCUGCAGUAUCCACAACAGUUGCAACUACUCCUGCAGUAUCCACAACAGUUGCAACUACUCCUGCAGUAUCUACAACAGCUGCAACUACUGCUGCAGUGACCACAACAGCUGCAACUACUCCUGAAGUAUCCACAACAGCUGCAACUACUGCAGUAUCCACAACAGCUGCAACUACUGCAGUAUCCACAACAACAGCAACUACUGCUGCAGUGACCACAACAGCUGCAACUACUCCUGCAGUUUUCACAACAGCUGCAACUACUGCAGUAUCCACAACAGCUGCAACUACUGCUGCAGUGUCCACAACAGCUGCAACUACUGCUGCAGUGACCACAACAGCUGCAACUACUGCUGCAGUGUCCACAACAGCUGCAACUACUGCUGCAGUGUCCACAACAGCUGCAACUACUGCUGCAGUGUCCACAACAGCUGCAACUACUGCUGCAGUGUCCACAACAGCUGCAACUACUGCUGCAGAGUCCACAACAGCUGCAACUACUGCUGCAGUGACCACAACAGCUGCAACUACUGCUGCAGUGACCACAACAGCUGCAACUACUGCUGCAGUGACCACAACAGCUGCAACUACUGCUGAAUUAUCCACAACAGCUGCAACUACUGCUGCAUUAUCCACAACAGCUGCAACUACUCCUGCAGUGACCACAACUGGUAUAACUACUUCAUCUUCUGCUGGUAUUGGGUCCACAGCUACAACUACUGGGUCCACUAGUAUGGUGUCCUCUGGAGCGAGUACUUUUACUACCGUUUCAACUGCUUCCAGCUCAGUAGCCACAACAAAUGGAAAUGCUGCUACAGUAUCAUAUUCGAACAUUAUCUUGAUUGGUCUAGCUGCUAUUCUCGCUGCCGGCUUACUACUUGGGUUAUUACUUGGAAUAAUUGCUUGUAUAAAAACCGGCGGUGCUUAUGGCGUAUCUGGUGCAGCGGCUGCUGUCUCAAACAUACCUAGCUCUCUCCCUCAUUUGGCGUGGUGGAAUUCCGCAAGACCUUCAUUCAGCGUAGAUCCGGAAGGGGGAAUACAAGAAAUAGAAUAUAACAGAAGACCAGCGAAUCAAAGACAGGAAUUUGAGUUGUUCCCAAGACCCCAGCUGUCUGGAAUGAAGGAUGAUUAA